AUGAGCUCCACAUUACAGAAAAACAUUCGACCAGUGUGGGCUGUCAGAGGACUGCAUAAGUCUGCAGUGGAUGUCUUGAAGCGCCCGGCCCCUGAGGACACGGUCACAGCCAGCUAUGGGAAGUUCAUCAGUGAAGUAAAGCCCCAGCACUUGUCCCCUGUGGUUCUCCACCGCAGCAAAAGAAUGGUGCUGGACAGCAUUGGAGUCGGUCUGAUUGGCAGUACAACAGACGUGUUUGAGCUGGCCCUGCAGCACUGCAAGCAUGUGUAUGCUUCCGAUUACGUCAGCUCUGUGUACGGACGCAGAGGCACCAGGCUCUCCCCGACACUGGCAGCUUUCGUCAAUGGAGUGGCUACUCACUCCAUGGACUUUGAUGAUACAUGGCACCCUGCCACUCAUCCCUCAGGAGCGGUCCUUCCUGCUGUGUUAGCACUCAGUGAGAUGAUGCCUAACAGCAAAUCUAGUGGCCUGGACUUCUUGCUGGCAUUUAACGUCGGCAUUGAGAUCCAGGGCAGAUUAAUGAGGUUCUCUAAUGACGCUCACAACAUCCCCAAGAGAUUUCACCCUCCCAGUGUGGUGGGGACCAUGGGAAGUGCAGCCGCCUGUGCUCAUCUCUUGUCUUUGGAUCACCUCCAGUGCAGUCAUGCCUUGGCUAUUGCUGCUUCUCUCUCUGGAGCCCCAAUGGCUAAUGCUGCCACUCAGUCUAAACCCCUCCACAUCGGUAAUGCCUCACGUUUGGGUCUGGAGGCUGCUCUGCUAGCCUCUCGAGGCCUGGAGGCAAGUCCUCUGAUCCUGGAUGCUGUCAGUGGUGUGUGUGGCUUCAAUGCAUUUUAUGAAGACUAUGUGCCGCAGCCUUUAGAAUCCCCCAAUGAUAACGGCCAUAUGUUCCUGCUAGAGGAGCAGGACAUGGGCUUCAAGCGCUUCCCCGCCCAUCUGGGGAUGCACUGGGUGGCAGAUGCUGCAGCCUCUGUUCAUAUGCUUCUUGAGGGGUGUGACCCUGGCACUGUCUCCCCAGCUCAAGUCCAAGACAUCCUGCUCAGAGUCCCCCAAUCAAAGUACAUCAACAGGCCAUUCCCUGACACUGAGCAUGAGGCACGCCACUCCUUCCAAUUCAAUGCUUGCAGCGCUCUGCUGGAUGGCGAGGUGACUGUGCAGUCCUUCACACCUGCUGCCUUGAGGCGCCCUGCCCUGCUUGCUCUGCUGAACCGUGUUCGUGUGGAGCAUCCCCAAGACAACCCGGCUAAUUUCAACAGCAUGUAUGGUGAAGUCCAGGUGACACUUGUUGGGGGAGACAUUCUGAAGGGACGCUGUGACACCUUCUACGGUCACUGGCGACACCCACUAACCAAUGAGAGCCUGAGGAAGAAGUUCAGAAACAACGCAGGGACGGUACUUCCCUCGGAGGAGGUUGAGAGGCUGAUUGGUGUGGUGGAGGAGCUGGACAGACUUGGGGACAGCAAGGACCUUCUCUCACAGCUGCAGUAA